AUGGACUACCAUGGAAUGAGCCGGUCGCUUCAAAUGGCGAAGUGGGCGUUGUACAGCUAUCUGAAAUGCCUGCAAUUUGCCGGCACCGGGCUCACUCAAACAAACGCUGUACAGGUUGCAGGGUUCUUGGUAUUGCUCGCGAAUUUCUAACUUGGUUUUGGGCCCGAUUAAAGUGGAUACAACAGAAAUGGCAGCAAUCAAAACGAAUUCUGGUCUGGUGUUGACGGAAAGUGCCACAGCAUAGAUAUCUUAUAUACACUAGAUAGUGCAUCUAAUUAUUCUGCAAUUCAAAAAUCCAUGCCGUGAUUGCAGUCUCAGGUCGUUCCCAUGAAAUGAGAAGGUUUGUAUGUUUUCUAUUUCUUAAACAGGGUACUUAAGAGGCUGUCUCUCUAAGAACCGACCAAUGACUCUCGGCUCAAAAAAUGAAAUUCUUCGUUACUUUCACAAUGAAAUGUAUUUACCCCAAGAACAAACAAACACUAUUUGGAAUUUUUAUUAAUUUUUAUAAUUUCAGUGAUUUUUCGGUCCUGCACCGUCGCACAGAAAAUCCUCUGCCCAUAACAGGCAUAAAAAUUAGUCGAAUACAUAUAAUUUUAAAUGUAUUCAACCAAAUUUUAUGAUUUUUUCACCAACCAACGUGAAAAUUAUUCUACUUUGAAGCUUGGCUUGUUUUAUGAUGCUUUUACAGAAUGAUUACGACAAACUUUUGCGAUAACAACCACCGGGUGUAAAUACGGCUUUGUACGCUUAUCAAAUUCGACUUUAAAUUUCUCAAAAGUGGCACCUAACUGGAUUCAGUGACUAAUAUGGUUAAAAAAAUGUAAGUUUGAAGUACCAAUAUCCAUAAUAAAACUUGUUACCAACCGCGAUUUGAAGACUCAACAGCCUCUGAAAUUUGAUACAAUUUGGCUAUUUUGUUUAACUUCAAUUAUAGUGGAGUUGAGACAUCAGAGCUUCCAGUCACUUGUAAAAUGCGUUGUUGUGCCGUUUUUUUUACACAAGCUGUUAAUAUCAUCGUAGUUAAGCGAUUUUUCUGUGUUCAUGAACAUCACAAGUGGAUUUAAUUAAAAAAGAUUUCGAUCUAUGGCUAUGCAGCGAGGUAAACGCAGUAUGCUUUCAUAUUAAAAUUAGCUACUCGGGGAAAACCCGGAAAUUAUUGUGAAUGCUGAUAUUUAUUCAGCUAAACUCUGUAUGUCUAUUCUAUGGCGGGUGAUGUGUGUCAAAAUUCAAUGACACAUUUGGCAAUGAUAACAUAACAUUUUGCUACAAUACUAACACAUUUGGCAAUGAUAAAGUAACUUUUUGCUACAAUUUUGAGGUGGUUACAAAAUUAUUUUGUAUAUUUUGAGACAAUAAUAAACCAUUUGGCAAUAAUAACACUCAAUUUUGCAAUCAUAAAAUUAUAUAUUUUUUAAUACGACGAUAAAAUUCUAUUUGACAACGAUUACAAUUUGGCAACGAUUACUGAUGUAAAAUCAAUUUGGCAAAGUCAAUCCCAUGAUGCAACGCCAGCAGCGUUUAAAAUGGCGCCAAAAUACGGCGCGAAAUAUUUACGUAAUAAAAAUAAAAUGGCGGAUAAUCAGCAAGCUUCGUCUGCGGCUGAUGAAAUUCAGUCAUCCCUUCUGCAAGCCAGAGAUCUUAUUGUUCAAAUUAUUGAUGGAGUUUCCAACUCGCCAUUGACAGCUAACACAUAGACAGCUAACACAUCGACAGCUAACACAUCGACAGCUAACACAUCGACAGCUAACACAUCGACAGCUAACACAUCGACAGUAAGAACCCCUAACACAUCAACAGCUUAUUCAUCGACAGUAAGAACCUCUCUCUUGAGUGAGCAACAACGCGUUAAUACUCCCAAUAAUACAAAUUUACAUAAUAGAGCGUUGGAAGAGCACCGUCGAUUGUUUGGGUUUUCUGGACAGUUGAUCGUUAGUAGUACUUCACAAUCAAACGGGAAAAGAAGUCGUGGAAAAGGCGGGAAGAAUGGUAAAAGUGCAAAGAAACCUAAAGUUGCUACUUGGACUCAUGCUUUCGUUUGCCUUGCAAAGAGAACCCAAGUACUCUUGCUUACACCUCGAGAGAGGUAUGAAUUAAAAUCUGCAGGAAUCGGUGAGAAAAAGAUAACCGUUGAGAUUAAAGACAAGGGAUUUGAAGACUUAUAUAGUAUUCCUUUGCAAGAAUUCCCAUUGCUGUCUCAUGCAGGUGGGAUCGAGUUGAUGCGGACAGGUUUUGCGGCUAGGAGCAAAACCCUUGAAGUGAUUCCUGUACCAACCGGUUCCUCCAGUUACAGCAUCCAAUACCUAAAAGAGGUACUCCAACAGGCUAAGUGCUAUGUUAGACCAAUUCAGAAGGAUUUACCUGUGGUUAUUCCUCACGACUGCCAGGGCAAUUUAAAUACUUCUACUAAUGAGGUAAGACUGUAGUUUAUCUUGGAAAAGCAGGGCCUUUUUAACUAUAUAACUGGGGUUGAUUGGUGGUGGGGUGCAAAGCCCUUCCAGCAGCCAAUACCCCCCCAAAAAAAAUCAACCAUCCUCCCCCCCCAGUCAAAGCCCCUCUUCUCUAAAAUAUGAGCAAAACAUUGGAAGAGAAAUGGAAUUUAGAAUGGAGGUUUGAUAUUCUAGUAACUGAAAUUUGCUUUGUGAAUCUUAUGUCAUGUCUUUUAUCUUCAAAUGAUUCAAUGUCUUUUUAAAAAAUGCUAAACAUUGCAGGGCAUUCAAAAGGAGGUGCAGCAGGUGGCACAAGGUUUACGGCCGGUUACUUUAUAUAUACUUUAACACAUUGCGUCUCAACUACACCACCCAGCUGUUCAGCUAAACUCAAUCUUCUCUCCAAAAACAGACCAAGAGAAAAUCCCUGCAUUUACUGUAAUAUUGUAAAUGUAAAAAGUUUUCCUAAUUCUUUUGUGAUGUGUAUUUAGGAAUCAUCUUGCCCACGUGAACAGUGCAGGUUGUGUUUGAAGAGUAUUCCAAUUUUGCAAAUGCGGAGGCAUAUGUGGUCCUGUGAGAUUACUGAAUCAUCAUUCUCUGUCGAGGUAUUCUUCUAUGUAUAAUUAACCUGAAAAAAUUUUUAUUUUGAACUUCUGACACUGUAUUAAUUUUACUAAUAGUUAUGUCUGUAAUAAGUGGAAAUAUUCUUUCACUUAUAGCCAGAAAUAAUAUGUGAAUCAGAUGAGGAAUCCAACUCUAUUCCGGAGUCUCUUCCACAUUCUGAAUCUCCUUCUACAAGUGGAAGUAGCUCUAUGGUGUCUUAUAUGGUAAGAAACAAUUCAUUAUUUAAUUUGUCAUUUGUCCACAUUUAUUCAAUUAGUGAUUUUAAUACCAUUUUUAUUGAGUAAAACUUUGAUUUUUAGGAGCCUGGUAUUGACGAAUUGAGAAAAAUUUUCCCAGAUCCUCCAAACCAAGUAUUGGUUGAGGCAAUGCUAAAAGGUGGAACCGUUGAAGAAGCGAUUAAUAUUUUACUAGAUCAAACAACAACUGGUAUGUGCAUAUCUAUUGCUGUUGCACAAAUAUUACUUUAUUCUGUCAACCAAACAAUGAAUCAGUUCUAUUUAGUGUCUUCUAUUUUUCAGAUCAUUCAAAGUUUAUUCAAGACGAAUCCGAUCUUGCAGAAAUCAUGUUUGGAUUAAAAGAGGAUUUACCCAUUGAUGAAAUUCAAAAGUUCAGUAUAGACCAUCAAGAGCUCUGGAAGAUAGCAUAGCAGCAUUCAAAAACCCUAAAUUCAAAGAUUCAUUUCGACCACGUGUAAGAUUUCUUGGUGAAGCUGGAGUAGAUGCUGGCGGUCUCUCUCGAGAAUAUGGACUUAUUCUGCGUAAAGAAAUAUUCUCAUCUAAUGCCAACCUAUUUGAAGGAAAGCAAACCAGAAAAUUGCCAAUAUACAACAUCAAUGGCAUUCAGUCAAAUCUAUACUAUCUGGCUGGAAAGAUGGUGGCUUAUCUCAUUAUUCAUUUGGAUAUUGGCAUCCCAAUGUUAAGUCCAGCAUUCUAUUAUUAUCUUGUUUCCAAAGAUAUUGAAAAAGCAUCAGAAUACUGCUGCAUUGAGGAUGUACCAGAUCAUGAGACAAAAGAAUGGAUUAAUCAG